AAGUAACAAACUAAUCCUCUGAGACACUUUUGUCCCUUCAUGAAAAUAUAUCAUAAUAAAUACACAGAAAGGGAUAUACAUUCAUGACUUAUUUUGAAAUUUUAUUUACUUUAAGUUUCAAAAGAUCAAAAGAUAACCCCCUCGUGAAGAUCUCAGUUCCAAUAAUUUGGUUCCAUGUAAAGGUAAAUCAUAAACUUCGAAUUUCGAAUUCGGUGAUUGUGUGUUUCUGCCCAAUAGAAAAUUUUGUUUAAAAGUUUUAAUUUCUUAAUUUCUUAAGUUACAAAAAAAAAGUUUUAAUUUCUUAAAAAAAAAAGUUUUAAUUUCUUUGUUCAAAAAAAAGUUUUAAUUUCUCUUGUCCAUUUGAUAAAUGACACUUUGUCACACUCACAUCUCUCCUCUUCUCUCUUUUCUCUUCUCUCUCAAUGGAGAAAAAAAAAAGAUUUGAUCUUUGUGGGAACAUUUCGUCUUCUCAAUAAAAGACAUUCUCUCUCUUGCUCUCCCACCCAACAACACUUUCUCUCUCUAUACGUAGCGACAAUAAUUCUGUAACCUCCUUUACAUAACACAAAGCCCAUACAUUCAUAUAUACAUAUAUACACACAUACACGUAUACAAUACAAUCCACACAUUAUAUAAACAUUCACACUCACUCUUCUUCAUACACUCUCCAAACUAAGAAAACACCAGGCCCAAAGCUCACAGUCAAAAUCUCAGUCUCUUCUACUUCUUUUUCCAUCUGGGUCUUGUCAGAUAAAUCUAAAAUGAUGAGAGAAGGUCAUGAGGAGGAAGAUAUGAUGAUGAUGUUGCCGAGGAAACCUGCAUGGCUUGAAGGACUAAUGGCGGAAACUUUCUUCUCGAGCUGUGGGAUCCACGAGAGUCGCCGUAAAAGCGAGAAGAACGUAUUUUGCUUGCUCUGUUGUCUCAGUGUUUGUCCUCACUGCCUCACUUCACAUCGCUCUCAUCCUCUUCUACAGAAUUGGCAGGUGAGACGAUAUGUAUACCACGAUGUCGUUCGGCUGAGUGAUCUUGAGAAGCUCAUUGAUUGUUCAUAUAUUCAGCCAUAUACAAUUAAUGGAGCCAAAGUGAUAUUCAUAAACCAAAGACCACAAUCAAGAGCUAAGGUCUCUUCAAAUGUUUGCUUCACUUGUGAUAGAAUCCUCCAAGAACCAUUCCACUUUUGUUCGCUCUCUUGCAAGGUGGAUUACUUACAAUAUCAAGGAGAUGAUUUAUCAAGCAUUCUCUAUAGAAUCGAUGAAUCGGAUUUCACAUUUUCAAGUUUGAGAAUGGAUGGACACGAUCAGCUCGGAGAGAUAUCAACAAUGGAGGAAGAUACCGACGAUAUUAUGGUGAUGUCAGAUCAGUGGGAGCAGGGUAACAAUAGUAACAAGAAGGAGAAAAGGAAGACGAAAAAAGAGAGUAAUUACUCGCCUGGGAUGGUUCUUUCACUUGGUAGCAGAAGAAAAGGUGCUCCUCAUAGGGCUCCUUUUUCAUAGUUCAAGAACAAUAAAAUCAUAAGCAAAAAUGCUACUAUAUUUUAAAAUAAGCACUAUAUAUGUGUGUGUAUCGUGUUUCUUUUAUUAGGUAUAUCUUGUAAUGGGUACGAUAAAACCAUUAGUACUCUUCAUAAGUUUAUCACCAAAAUGUUUUUGGUUUAUUUUUAAUUUUUUGUAUCAUGGUUUAUUUAUUAAUCUUCGUUUUUUUUGUGCUAACGUGGAAUCACUUUUUACGUUUA